UUCCAGUUAUCAACACCAAUAAUAACAUCUUUUUUUGAUAUAUUUUCAAUAUAUCAACAUAAAGUUAUACAUCAAAUUAUGAACGAUUUAGUUACUGUAAAUUUCAACGAAAUACAAUCGGAAGAAGAGCUUGGAAGAGGUAGCUAUGGUGUUGUCCACAAAGCAUCGUGGAAAACUGAAUUAGAAGUGAGACAAAUUGCUGUGAAAAUAAUUGAAGAUAAACAAACCGAGAAUAUUAAUUUCGAAAAAGAUAUUCACCGAGAAAUCCAGAAUCUACAAAAAUGUAUCCAUCCCAAUAUAAUAACGUUAUAUGGAGUCUCUAUAAACACCAAGAAUAACAUUUGCUUACUGUUUGAAUAUGCGGAUUGCGGAUCACUCUACGAUUUACUGCAUCGCAAGAACUUGGAAGUUUCAUUCAACGGGAAUCUUGAUUGGAUACUACAAUGUGCCAAGGGUAUAGAGUACUUGCAUAAAAAAAACAUAGUUCAUCGGGAUCUUAAAACACACAACCUCUUACUUUUCAAUGGGUAUCGCACAUUGAAAAUAUGCGAUUUUGGUACAGUCAAAGAACUUGUAACAAUGAAUACAGAAUUAGUUGGGACUAUUUGUUACAUGGCACCAGAAGUUUGCAAUGAAAAUGGAAAAUACAAGGAAAAGUGUGAUGUGUUUAGCUUUGGAAUCAUAUUUUGGGAAGUUAUGUCAAGGAAGAAGCCAUUUUACGAAAUGCUCUCAGAAGAUAUGCAUGUAUUGGCUAUUCAAAAUCAAAUUAUUGAUGGAAGUCGUCCGAAUAUAGAGGAUGCGAUGAAUUUUGAGGAUUCUGAUUGCGUUAGGCCAAUAAUCGAAAAGUGUUGGGAUCGUGUUCCAGAAAAUCGGCCGACUAUGCAAGAGAUUUGUGAACUUCUCCCUAUGUAUCCUUUAGCUUACAGUUACAUAAACGUUGAGGAGAUUGAACUUGGCAAAUUUAUUGGACGAGGAAGCUAUGGUUUUGUCCACAAUGCAUUUUGCCUAAUAAAGGGCCAAAUCAAAGAAAUGGCUGUGAAAAUAAUACAAAAGUACAGUGAGGAAAACGCAAUAUCUUUCUUAAGAGAAAUGCGUAAUGUUAAAAUGUUGAAUCAUGAAAAUAUUGUUAGAUUAUAUGGUGUCUCUAAAUAUUACGACAAUAGCAUUUGGUUACUGUUUGAGUAUGCGGAUUGUGGAUCACUCUACAAAUAUUUGCAUAACAAGAAUAUUAAAAUUACACACAAUGAGAGGAUUGAUUGGUUAGUCCAGUGCGCGAAGGGUAUUGAGUACUUGCAUAGAAUAAAUAGAAUUCAUAAAGAUUUGAAAACACAGAAAUUAUAUCUGUUCGAUGAAUAUCGUACAUUAAAAAUAUGUGAUAAUGCUGCAGUGGGAGAUUUUGCAGAUAUGAAUACGACACAGGAAAAUAUUGCUCGCUAUAUGGCUCCGGAAAUUUGUAAUGCUAGUGGCGAAUUUACAGAAAAGAGUGACGUGUUUACCUUUGGUAUUAUUUGCUGGGAAGUAAUGUCCAGGAAGAAGCCAUUUGAAGAAUUUAAAGACAUGGAGAAAUUGGUUCUGCAAAAUAAAAUUAUAAAUGGGGAACGUCCGGAUAUAGAUUAUUUGAAGGAGUAUAAAGAUGCAGAUAGUUUAUUGCCAAUAAUUAAAAAAUGUUGGGACCAAGAUCCAAGUAAUCGGCCGCCGAUGAAUGAAUUGUGUAAUCUUCUUCCCAAAUAUCCUCGUGCUUCCACUAAAGUAAACUACAAUGCCUUAAAACUGGGCACAUAUAUUGGAACUGGUAGCUAUGGGCUUGUCUUCAAAUCAACUUGGCAAACAGAAUAUGAAGUCCGAAACAUUACUGUAAAAAUAAUUCGAGAUGCACAAAAACAAAAGGCCAUCCAAAAAGAAAUUUACGAUUUAAAAGAAUUACAUCAUGCGAAUAUUGUCAAACUUUAUGGUUUUUCUAUUGAUCGCGAAGAUAGAAUUUUGAUGCUCGUUGAAUAUGCAGACUGCGGAUCGCUCUGCAAUUUAUUGCAUCGUCCAGACAAGGAAGUUACAUUCUAUAUGGGCCUUGAUUGGAUAUUGCAAUGCGCCGAGGGUAUGGAAUAUUUGCAUGGCAAAAACAUCCUGCAUCAGGAUCUUAAGACAGAGAACUUGCUACUUUUCGAUAAUUUUCGGAUAUUGAAAAUAUGCGACUAUGGUAGAGUAAAGGAAUUCGCUACCAUGAAUAAGGAGUUCAGUGGGAUAGAUAAUAGGGCUCCAGAGGUUCGCACCAAUGGGAAAUAUACAGCAAAAAGCGAUGUGUUUAGCUUUGCCCUUCUUUCAUGGGAAGUAAUGUCUAGAAAAAAAUCUUUGGCGACCAUAAUGAAUGGUGAACGUCCAAAUCUGAUUGAAAUGAUGAAACAUGAGGAUAUUGAUGUCGUAAAAUCAAUAAUAAUGAAGUGCUGGGAUCAAGAUCCAGAUAAACGACCGACGAUGAAAGAACUAUGUGUACUCCUUAAAAUUUAUCCGUUAAUUAAUUUUGAGGACAUACAAUUUGGAAAAAGGUUUGAGAGGGGUGGCUUUGGUGUAAGUUACAAAGCAAUUUGGAAAACCGAAGGUCAAGAGAAAGAUGUUUCUGCGAAAAUACUGCUAGAUAAAACUUCAAACUCUGAGAAAGUUUCAAGAAGAGCAGAAAUGCUUGUUCUGAAAAAGGUUCACAAUUUAAAACAAUUGAAUCACGAAAAUGUUGGCACAUUAUACGGCGUCUCCAAAGAUCCAGAAAACACCAUUUACUUCUCACUUUAUGAGUACUCCGAGUGUGGAUCAGUCCAUAAUUUCCUACAUCGCACGAAAAACGAACUAACCUAUGUUGAAAAGAUCAAUUGGAUGUUGCAAUGUGCUAAGGGUGUGCAAUAUUUAUGGAGCCAAGGAAUUACUCUUCGGUUUAUUAAACCACACACCUUAAUGCUUUUUGAUGAUUUUCGUACCUUAAAAGUAUUCGAUUAUGGAUCAGCGAAAGAAGUAUCAAAGUUUAAUAAACAAGAAAUGGUGCAGUUUGUUUAUAUAGCGCCAGAAAUUCAUGAUGCACGUAAGAAUUCUGACUUUAAAAAAAGUUUAGUAUUUAGCUUUGGCAUUAUUUUUUGGGAAGUAAUGUCUAGGAAAGUACCAUUUCACGAUUAUGAAAUAGCAGACGUGCCUAAAAUUAUUAUUUCUGGAUCUCGUCCGAAUAUAGAUGAUAUAAAAUCAUGCAACGAUGCUUAUCUUAUCAAACCAAUAAUUGAAAAGUGCUGGGAUCAAAAUGCAGAAAAUCGACCAACGAUCAUGGAACUUUCCUCAUUGCUUUCAUAUCUAACUGCCGGAAAGAUAAUAAAAUAAGAGCUGUAACGUAAAAAUUGUAGUAUAUAUAAUGUUUUGUUGAACAGUAGACUAGGUGAUUCAGAAAACGUGGAAGUUUAGAAAACGAAAUUAUCACAUAAAAUC